UUUAAUUAAAUUAAAAAUGUGUGAAAAAGUCCACAAUGGUAAAGCACUGUUGGGAAUGAUGGUCCAUGAGUUCGGCACUAAUACCCUAAAUAUGAGGCGUAAGUGUAAAAGUGAGCGACGACUGGACGGUAAGGUUGUGGUCAUUACCGGAGCCAACACUGGAAUCGGCAAAGAAACUGCACUUCAGCUUUCGUUACGCGGGGCUAAGAUAUACAUCGGGUGUCGGAGUCUAGAAAAGGCUGAGUCGGCCAUCGAUGACAUGAAAGGAGUGAAUCCGAGUGCAGACAUCACUGCACUUAAGCUCGACUUGUCUUCAUUCAAAUCCGUUCGUCAGUUCGCCGAUGAGCUGAAGGCCAGGGAGUCUGCGGUCGACAUACUUAUCAAUAACGCCGGUGUUAUGGCGUGUCCUGAAUGGCAAACCACCGACGGGUUUGAGAUGCAGUUCGGGACAAAUUAUUUGGGUCCAUUUUUGUUGACAAAACUCCUGUUACCCCAACUGAAGAGAGCACAGUUAGCCCGUAUAGUGAACGUAUCGUCCAGUAUGCACGCGAUAGGCAGGAUUAAUUUUGAUAACAUCAAUCUGCGUAACGGUGUGUACGACCCAACACUGGCCUACGGCCAGAGCAAACUGGCUGUUGUGUUGUCUACCAGAGAGUUGGCCAGACGUUUGGGACCCGAGAGUAGUGUCACGUGUUAUGUGCUUAAUCCCGGAGCGAUUAAGACGGAUCUCCAGCGCCACUCAAAUAUGGGCGAAACGAUGAUGAAUAUGAUGUUUAUGACACCCGAAUUGGGAGCACAGACUACACUGUAUUGCGCCCUCGAAGAGACACUGGAUAAUGAAUCCGGGUUUUAUUACGACGAUAAGAAACUUAAUGGACAGGUAGUUGUAGUGACCGGCGGUAACACCGGUAUUGGUAAAGAGACUGCCCAUCAACUCGCCCUCAGAGAUGCAAAGGUGUAUAUCUUGUGUCGGGACACUAAGAAAGGCGAGACAGCCGUCAAUGAUAUCCUAUCAUUGAAUCCAAAGGCAAACAUAAAACUACUUUCGCUGGACUUGUCUUCACUCAAAUCUGUCCGCAAAUGUGUGGAAGAGUUGUCGGGUUUGGAGACAAAAGUCGAUAUACUUAUCAAUAACGCCGGCGUUGCGAUGUGUCCGGAGUGGCAGACGGAGGAUGGGUUUGAAAUGCAAAUUGGAACUAAUCACCUAGGUCAUUUUCUAUUUACGCUACAUUUGAUACCAUUGCUAAAGAAAGCACCGGCGGGUCGUAUAGUGAAUGUGUCGGCGGAGAUGUAUAAGUUUGGCAGAAUCCACCUUGAUAAUAUAAACCUACGAAACGGCGCAUACGAUAACUUGUAUGCCUACGCUCAGAGCAAACUGGCAAACAUACUGUUCACCCGUGAAUUGGCCAAAAGGCUCCGCCACUCAAACAUCACCGCAUAUUGUUUGCAUCCGGGAGUCAUAAACACUAACCUGAGCCGACACGUGGACAACCCUGAGCUCCACGAGACUAAGGGUCAGACCAAUAGGGGAUGGUUUUAUAACAAAUUUUUUAUGACACCAUUGAUGGGCUCUCAGACAACACUCUACUGCGCUCUCGAAGAUAAAUUGGCAAAUGAAUCGGGAUUUUAUUACAACAAUUGUGUUCGCGUGGAUCACAUGACACCGGAAGCAAAUGACGACUCGACUGCCAAAAGUCUGUGGGAAUUGAGUUGCGAUUUGUGUAAGAGUGAGCGCCGACUGGACGGUAAGGUUGUGGUCAUUACCGGUGCUAACACUGGGAUCGGCAAAGAGACUGCACUUCAGCUAUCGUUACGCGGGGCUAAGAUAUACAUCGGGUGUCGGAGUCUAGAAAAGGCUGAGUCGGCCAUCGAUGACAUGAAAGGAGUGAAUCCGAGUGCAGACAUCACUGCACUUAAGCUCGACUUGUCUUCAUUCAAAUCCAUUCAUCAGUUCGCCGAUGAACUGAAGGCCAGGGAAUCUGUGGUCGACAUACUUAUCAAUAACGCCGGUGUUAUGGCGUGUCCUGAAUGGCAAACUACCGAUGGGUUUGAGAUGCAGUUCGGGACAAAUUAUUUGGGUCCAUUUCUGUUGACACAACUCCUGUUACCUCAAAUGAAGAGAGCACAGUUAGCCCGUAUAGUGAACGUAUCGUCCAGUAUGCACGCGAUAGGCAGGAUCAAUUUUGAUAACAUCAAUCUUCGUAACGGUGUGUACGACCCAACACUGGCCUACGGCCAGAGCAAACUGGCUGUUGUGUUGUCUACAAGAGAGUUGGCCAGACGUUUGGGACCCGAAAGUAGUGUUACGUGUUAUGCGCUGAAUCCCGGAGCGAUUAAGACGGAUCUCCAGCGCCACUCAAAUAUGGGCGAAACGAUGAUGAAUAUGAUGUUUAUGGCACCAGAAAUGGGAGCACAGACUACACUGUAUUGCGCUCUCGAAGAGACACUGGACAAUGAAUCCGGGUUUUACUACGAUAAUUGUAAACGAGUGGAGAAAAUGGCUAAACGAACACAGGAUGACGAGACAGCCCGCAAAUUAUGGGAUUUAAGCAUCGGAUUAGUGUAUAUCUUGUGUCGGGAUACUAAGAAAGGCGAGACAGCCGUCAAUGACAUUCUAGCACUGACUCCAAAGGCAAACAUAAAACUACUUUCGCUGGUCACACAGUUGUCGGGUUUGGAGACAAAAGUCGAUAUACUUAUCAAUAACGCCGGCGUUGCGAUGUGUCCGGAGUGGAAGACGGAGGAUGGGUUUGAAAUGCAAAUGGGAACUAAUCACCUAGGUCAUUUCCUAUUUACGCUACAUUUGAUACCAUUGCUAAAGAAAGCACCGGCGGGUCGUAUAGUGAAUGUGUCGGCGGAUAUGUACAAGUUUGGCCAAAUCCACCUUGAUAAUAUAAACCUACGAGACGGGGCAUACGAUAACCUUUUCGCGUACGCUCAGAGCAAACUGGCAAACAUACUGUUCACCCGAGAAUUGGCCAAAAGGCUCCGACACUCAAACAUCACCGCAUAU